AUGGACGUGUCAACUCGAUGGAAUUCGACUCACGUAAUGUUGCGAACAGCACUGAGUGUCAAGUCAGCUCUUAACGCACUGAUGCACAACUAUGGAGAACUUCGCGAGAUGAUAAUCAACCCAGAAGAAUGGGAAAUCAUCGAGGCUGUGUGCGCGUAUUUAAAACCAUUCGAUCAUCUGUCGACGGUUCUCGGUGGUCAAACGUACAUUACGUUGCCGUUGGGAAUUGUGGGGUUCAAUAUGCUUCUUGACAAAAUCGAGACGGUAACUCACCAACUUGAUGUGAAGCCAUCGCGAAGUUGCGUCGACGAGGAAUUUAUCGAAGCUUUCCAAGCUAGAAGAGAUAAGAUGCUCAAACACUACAAGAAAACGAAUUGGAUAUAUGGAGUUGUUCUCAUCCUCGAUCCUCGGCACAAAGUUGGAACGUUUCAACUCACAUCUUGGGGUCGUGACAUAGAAAAGGCAUCAAUGGCUAAGUUUCAAAAAAUUUUUCGCGAACAAUAUUGGGCAAAUUCCACCGUCGAGAUGAUAGCAUCUCAGGGUAAAAGUUUAUCGGAUCAAGGAAGCCAGGGAUCCUUCGAUUUAUAUGAACUUUAUGAGGCCUCCACGCCGAUUUUUCACGAAGACUGUAGUGAACCACAGCGAGAAUUCGAGUGCUAUUGCAAACUCAAACGGGCGAGUCGGAACGAAAAUAUUUUGGAGCGGUGGCGAAACAAUUCGAAUUCAUUUCCGAAUUUGGCAAAAAUGGCGCGAGAUUUCUUAAGCAUCCCGGCGACAAGCGUCCCGGCUGAACGUUUGUUUUCGAAGGCCGGUUUGAUCCUAAGGAAACACCGAAAUAAUAUGUCUAAUGAAUCAGCGAGAAGUCUGCUGUGUUUAAACGGAUGGCUGACGUGCAGCCUCAAAUCAGCGAUUCAAAAAAAUCUUAACCCGUCCGAACAAUAA